GCAAGUUUGUCGUUCUCUCCGUCUGGACUCGAGGCUUCUGUCGCAACCAUGAUCCACCAGAUCAUCGGUCAGGCCAAGGAGCAUCCUAGCUUGAUCCCCCUCUUCAUAUUUAUUGGAGCGGGAGGUACUGGAGCAGCGCUGUAUGUUUUGCGCCUGGCAUUGUUCAAUCCAGAUGUCAGUUGGGACAGAGAGAAUAACCCAGAACCCUGGAACAAACUGGGUCCCAAUGAUCAGUACAAGUUCUACUCAGUGAAUGUAGAUUACAGCAAACUGAAGAAAGAAGGUCCAGACUUCUAAAUUAAAUGUUUCACUGUAAAGCAGUUUAGAAUGAAGUUCUUCCAGAAGCCAUCUGCACAAUUUUCCACUUAACCAGGAAAUAUUUCCCCUCUAAACGCACAAAAUCAUGUUUGUGUAUUGU